AUGCGAGACAGGAUCUCUGGGGGCAUUCCUUGGAACGAAGUAGUAGCCAUAAGCGAGGGAGGGAAACACAAACGGAGACAAAGUAAAUAUAGAACGAAAAUAGAAAGGGCCACCUCGAACGACAAAGACGUGCAUGGGCAAAAUCGGAAAGCUGUAGACGUGCCAUGUGCAUUGCAGUGUCGCUAUACGCACGACAAGCGUUUAGACUUUGCUCCGUUCUGGUCCGGAUCCAGAUCCAGAUCCACUUACUGGUGGAUGGAGGGGAGACGCAAAAGUUUCAAUAAAGGUAACAAGUCCGAUAAAGUUGGCUAUUAUACAUUCCCUGCCCUACCCAUGUCGUUCGAAGACAGUCUUGCCUGUCUGGGGCCUGUUUCUAUAACACCGAAUGAAAUCUGGUACCAUAUUGGAGGCUUCGCCGACCACCAAUCAGUCGUCGCACUAGCGGCUUGCAACCGUCGACUGUCCGGUAUUCUGCAUCCUAUGAUCUGGAAAACCUUACGGAUUCAUCAGCCCGCCAAAUUGAUCGAGUACGCACCGGUAUGGAAGAAACGCGCACGCCAGAUCUUCCCACUAGUCAAAAAAGUGAUAUUAGGCAACGUCCAAUCAUUCGAUGUCAUAGUUGAACACUCGGUAGCGCGAUAUAGAUAUGGAAACGACUGGCGAAAACACACAGCGAUAUUGAGGCUGUUCACAUCACUCCGCUCAAUCACGUUCAUUGGGAUGUUUUUCCCUCGGAGGUUCGCACUAGUCCUCGAUUCACUGACAACAGUGGAGGAACUAUCCCUUGUCCGCUGUUGUUUCCACCCUUUGGUCGAUUUUACGGGGGUGAAUCGGAACAUUCGGAGACUGAUGGCAGAAAUCAUGUGUUGGCACGGCGUCAGUCAGAGCCUUUCCUUGAUUCGAUGUUUGGAUCCGGAGUACGUUGUUGUGGUGUGGAGAUCAAGCUUUGUGGGCAAGAAUUUCAUAACAGAACUUCCAAAAAGUGUUCGGACACUCACCGUCAAGUCAACGAUGUGGACGUGGCCAACGGAUGAAAGUUGUUGUGUUCGAGAGAGAUCGCGAUUCGUGCAGUUCAUGGAAGCGUUCCCUCAGUUGAAGGAGUUGCGUAUCGAAGGUCGCGUACCAAACCGCCAAGGAGAUGCAACAUUCCUUACCCACCUUCCAUCUCUGGAAUCGUAUUCCGGGCCCAUGCAUCUGUUCACGUCAGGCGGGAUAGAUGCGAAGUUGCUGAAAUUCGUGAACUUCACCGAUGACCGUGUUGCGUCAAUGGCAGUUUACAACCACUUGCCUGACAUGAGAGAUGUGACGGGAUUUACGAUGCGAGGUUCGGUGACAGACGAUGAGGUAUAUGCACAAAUCAUGGAGCGGUGUCCGAAUUUGGAUACGCUCAGAGUACUGGCACCUGCGAGCGCUGGAAAUUGGUUGCGGAUUAGCAAAAUUCGCAGUCUUGAACAGAGUACAUCCCUUCGACAUAUUACACUUGGCGGCAGAAGUUGGCGACGUGUAGGAAACAAAGGUGUAGGAAACGACUGGGAAGUAGGGAACUAUUACAGGGAUCACAUAGUGGAAGAUGUUGUCGUACCGGGCGAGUUCCUGGGAGGUGGAGUUGUAAGGGGUGUAUUCCAUACGAGGUUGUAA